AUGUUUGUGAACAACAGGUGGAUAAACGGCCGGGGACCAACGCUUCUCCAAGAUUUCGGCGUUAAUCAGUAUCUGAGCGCCGGUGCCGUGAACAUGGAUAUCGCCGAUGGAGCGGAGGAGCUUUCCUUGGAGGAAAUCUUAUCGUUGUACAGCCAGCCGAUCAAUGAAGAGCAGGGAUGGGCUGUUUGUUACCAAUGUUGCAGAACUUUGGUUCAGAAACACCGGAGGAUUCAUUCCAAGACCUCCAGCGCUUCAGUUGGGGAUUUGCCGAGAAGGAUUGAAGGACCUGGCGAUGUACGGAUUCUGAGAGAUGGAACAGUUCAAUUGCACCACCAAGACAGCACAGAUAAACCCAGACCUCCCAACACUUCCUUAGAGGUGAUUGAAUCUCUGGGAAUCAUGAUCUACAAGGCGUUGGACUACAGUCUGAAGGAGAGCGAGGAGAGAGAGCUCAGUCCGCCUCUGGAGCAACUCAUCGACAUGAUGACCAACAUGGCAGAGAAAGACAGUGACCCCUGCCCUGAUGAAGGUUACGAGGCCACCGAGGAUGAGGAAGACCCAAACACUGUCUGUAAUAAUAUUAAAAGAUUCAGAGACGUCCUCACGCUGUGUACGUCCCACCUGCCCAGCCCCUCUGAUGCCCCUAACCACUACCAGGCUGUGUGUCGGGCGCUCUACGCCGAGACCAGAGAGCUACGCAGCUUCCUGGAGAAGAUCAGGAGUGCCAAAGAGAACCUGCGGCGGAUGGAGCGAGACACUGGAGAGGAACCAAUCAGAGACGAGCUACAGAACGCUGACUGGGCUAGGUUCUGGAUGCAGGUGAUGGGUGACCUGCGUAACGGGGUCAAGCUGAAGAAGGUCCAGGAGAGACAGUACAGCCCUCUACCUGUAGAGUUCCAGCUCACACCUUAUGAGAUGCUGAUGGAUGACAUCCGCUUCAAACGAUACAAACUACGGAACGUCAUGGUGAAUGGAGACAUCCCUCCCAGGUUAAAGAGCGCUCAUGAGGUCAUCCUGGACUUCAUCCGCUCCCGACCACCUCUCAACCCUGUUACUGGAAGGAAGUUGAAGCCUCACCCUGCGUGGCCGCAGACCCUACAUGAGCGUCUCUUAGAGGGCAUCAAACGGGAGAGGAAGCUACGGCCUGUUUCACCUGACGUGACCCGACGCAAUCGCCUGGGGAGAAACAGGGAUGAUGAUGAUGAUGAUGACAGGACCAUAUUGAAGCUGUUCCCUCCUAUAGGAGCAGACAAAAGCAUCAGCACCCCUCAAGAUCUGAACCGCAGCUCUGACUUGUCCAGUCCAGAUGCCCCCAGGAAGCACGCCGCCAGCAUCCUGUCCUGUCCACCAGCUCCCGGGGUGGGAGGGGCUCUGAGUCAGAGGAAGAGGCUCCUGAAGGCGCCCACGCUGUCUGAACUGGAAAGCUCAGAGUCCGAUGAUGAGCCCAGCCACAGCUCCUCCAGUCGGUCAGCAUCCGUGUUGGACGCCUCGUCUCCGGGAUCUGUCCUGGGGAAGAACGCACCCCCUAGGUUCCUGCCCAUCACCAUGACUCCCCAGCCUGACAGUCGCCCCUCCCCUCAGAGUAGACACUCCAUUGAGAAGGAGCCCCCCACCAGCAUACGACCCCUCUCAGCCCCCACCAGACAGAGCUCCAAGUCUCUGGUACAACGUGGGGGGGUGUUCUUUCAGGAGGACGUCUGCUACCCUGUAGAGUGUCUGGCUCUAACAGUAGAAGAGGUGAUGCACAUCAGACAUGUUCUGGUCAAAGCUGAGCUGGAGAAGUUCCAACAGUACAAAGACGUCUACAACGAACUGAGGAAAGGAAAGCUGUGUUUCUCCUGUCGGACUAAAAGGUUCUCCUUCUUCAACCGGUCCUACACCUGCCAAUUCUGCAAAAGGCCUGUGUGCUCUCAGUGCUGUAAAAAGGAGAGACUUCCCUCUAAGCCGUAUGCCAACCUGUCCAUCUCCUCUCUGGGAUCUACUACCACCAUCCUACCGAGGGAGGAGGCUGGAGGGACAUCAGCCUUGGACACCCCAGAGAAGCCCUCGUCCAGCCAGCGCCUGCGCCAGACUGUCUCCAGGUUAUCCAAACGCAAAAUUGAGCGGUCUAGUGACGAGCUGGAUCUUCCCAAGGAGCUGACAGAGGAUUGGUGUACCAUGGAGGUCUGCAUCGACUGUAAGAUGUUCAUCUCUGAGAUCAUCUCCAGCAGCAAGCGCUCUCUGGCCACCAAGCGAGCCCAUCUGAAGAGGAAAACCCAGUCCUUGUACAUAUCUUCAGCUAACAAAGACUACUGCAGACCCUCUGUGAGGAACGUCAACGAGGUUUAACUUUAGGGUCAGACCUCUCUGUUCACUCCUUGGAGGCAUCUCAAAUCCAAAUUGUAUUUGUCACGUGCUUCUAAAACAGCAGUGAAAUGCUUCUAUUUCAUGAAAAACUUCUCCAUAUAGGGCAGCACUUUGACCAGAGCUCAAAGGGACCAGGCUGCUUGUUGGCCAUCUAGCUGUGUGAUGUAUUUAUCAUGACUCUGCGCACCCUGGCUGACACUCUAUGGACUCUGGUCUAAAGUAGUGCACUGAAUAGGGUAGGUACCCUUUUGAGACAGUCAUACUCUCUCAGCUCUUUGCUGCUCAUCACUGUGUUAUAAUGAUAUAGGUGACCGUUAUAGAAGAUGUUCAGUGUGUUAGUAUACACUACCUACCUGGAUGGAUGAUUCUAGACAUUUGUUGAAUAGACAGCAUGGGUUCUCUUCCCCUAACCCCUAGUGUCAGGAACGUUUGGGUUGGUGUACAGCUGUGGGCGGACAACUAGCUAGCCGUUGACAGAAACCAAUUCACAGUAUAGUAGUCCAUGAACAAAGUGUCUACCACAGUAUAGAUGCGCUAUUAGAAUAUUUAACCAUUUCCUAUUCUCUCACGUUCUGUGAUUAACCCUAAUAUACUGAACAAACGCAACAUGCAACACUUUCAAAGAGUUUACUGAGUUACAGUUCAGGAAAUCAGUCAAUUGAAAUAAAUUCAUUAGGCCCUCAUCGAUGGAUUUUACAUGACUGGGCAGGUUGCAGCCAUGGGUGGGCCUUGGAGGGCAUAGGACCACCCACUGGGGAGCCAGACCCACCCACUGGGGAGCCAGACCCACCCACUGGGGAGCCAGACCCACCCACUGGGGAGCCAGACCCACCCACCCACUGGGGAGCCAGACCCACCCAUUAGGAAACCAGGCCCAGCCAAUCAGAAUGAGUAUAUACUCACAAAAGACAGAUACUCCUCAGCACCCCCCAGAUGAUCCAGCAGAUGAAGAAGCUGGAUGUUGAGGUCCUGGGUUGGUGUGGUUACUUGUGGUCUGCGGUUGUGAGGCUGGUUGGAUGUACUGCCCAAAUUGUCUAAAGCGACGUUGGAGGCGGUUUAUGGUAGAGAAAUAAACAUUAAAUUAUCUGGCAACAGCUCUGCUGGACAUUCCUACAGUCAGCAUGCCAAUUGCACGCUCCCUCAAAACACAAGACAUCUGUGGCUUUGUGUUGUGACAAAACUGCACAUUUUAAGUGGCAUUUUAUUAUCCCCAGCACAAGGUGCACCUGUGUAAUGAUCAUGUUUGUUUAUCUUCUUGAUAUGCUAAACCUGUCAGGUGGAUGGAUUAUCUUGGCAAAGGAGAAAUGCUCACUAACAUGGAUGUAAACGAAUUUGUGCACAUGGAACAUUUCUGGGAUCUUUUAUUUCAGCUCAUGAAACAUGUGACCAACACUUUACAUGUUGCAUUUUAUAUUUUGGUUAAGUGAAAUAGGGGGACCAUUCAAAUAGCUGCUGAGAUACGGAGGUGGUCGGUCGGUGAGACCUCUCGUCCCCGUCCAGAGAUAAUAUAUAUAUUUAACAGUAGUGUGGUCGGUCGGUGAGACCUCUAGUCCCCAUCCAGAGAUGAUAUAUAUAUAUUUAACAGUAGUGUGGUCGGUCGGUGAGACCUCUCGUCCCCGUCCAGAGAUAAUAUCUAUAUUUAACAGUAGUGUGGUCGGUCGGUCGGUGAGACCUCUAGUCCCCGUCCAGAGAUAAUAUAUAUAUUUAACAGUAGUGUGGUCGGUGAGACCUCUAGUCCCCGUCCAGAAAUAAUAUCUAUAUUUAACAGUAGUGUGGUCGGUCGGUCGGUGAGACCUCUAGUCCCCGUCCAGAGAUAAUAUAUAUAUUUAACAGCUGUGCGGUCGGUCAGUGAGUUUCCAUAGGCAUAACCACUCUAGGCAUUUUAUUUCUAAGGGAGUCUCUCCCCAGCCAAUAAAAUCAAACCAAAUGUUAUGCCUAUGGUUGUCUCUGCCCCUCCCCAGCCAAUAAAAUCAAACCAAAUGUUAUGCCUAUGGUUGUCUCUGCCCCUCCCCAGCCAAUAAAAUCAAACCAAAUGUUAUGCUACUCCAAAUUCUUUGCCAGGUUUUUUUGUCUUCUAAAAUUGGAUUGGCUGGAAAACAGGGUAAGGUCAGAGGUCAAAUGAUUUGGUGUGUUUUAGCCACUUGUUUACUCUGAUGUAUUUGGAUAAUUUCUGUGCCUGGUGCCAUGUCAUUCUAUGGACCUGUAGCAUAUUGGCAAGAACUUGAUGAGGAAUUGAUAUGGGGAUUCUAGAAGCAGUUUUUUUUCUUUUUUUUUUGGUUCCUAGCUGACCAAUAUGAUCUCAGAAUGGUGGGAUGUGAUUGUGUACAUGCUGUAUCUAACACCAUCCAUUAUAUUCUAGUAUAUAUAACAAUGUUUUUCCAGGGAUAUUAUCUUAAAGAUUUUUAUUUAUUUUGUAUGUAAUAUUGACUAUCUCCUGUCCGGAUCAGAAUAGAUCACAUAGAUGGACCUCCUAGACCAGUCAGGUCUGGAUCAGACCAGAUCGUCCUUCUCGACCAGUCAGGUCUGGAUCAGACCAGAUAGACGAACCUCCUAGACCAGUCAGGUCUGGAUCAGACCAGAUAGACGAACCUCCUAGACCAGUCAGGUCUGGAUCAGACCAGAUAGACGAACCUCCUAGACCAGUUAGGUCUGGAUCAGACCAGAUCGUCCUUCUCGACCAGUCAGGUCUGGAUCAGACCAGAUAGACGAAACUCCUAGACCAGUUAGGUCUGGAUCAGACCAGAUAGAUGGACCUCCUAGACCAGUUAGGUCUGGAUCAGACCAGAUCGUCCUUCUCGACCAGUCAGGUCUGGAUCAGACCAGAUAGACGAACCUCCUAGACCAGUUAGGUCUGGAUCAGACCAGAUCGUCCUUCUCGACCAGUCAGGUCUGGAUCAGACCAGAUCGUCCUUCUCGACCAGUCAGGUCUGAAUAGCACUUUUACUGUACCAAUGUAUUGUUGUUUUGAAGUUCCUUCUUUACUCAUUUAAUUUAAAUUCUUAAAUAUUUAGUUCCACGUCGUGAAGUUAGUGUGGUGUAAUGGUAUCCUAGAGUUAACCGUGUGUGUUAGAGCUUGGGGUUUGGAAGCAGGUGUCAGCAAAGCACAUCUUUCUGAAUGUACAGGGUAUAAUUGUUUUAAAAUAUCUUAUUUCAAGUGCAAUCUAAAUCUAUAUACAAAGAAUUUUAAUACCCCCUUAAAAUAAUUAUUUAUUCACGCACAAUAUCCAUACACGGUCUGCCUAGAGACAACACAUGGAUGCAUUAUCAUUCAUACACAAAUCCUACAGACACACACCCAAUCUGCAAUUUUCUAAUUGAUUUAUUUUCUGACCCCUUGUACCAAAUGUGGUAGAAAGAUCAGAAUUAUAACAAGUUUGACAUGGCUAACGUCCAAUAUCAACCUCUCAUUAAAUGUAUACGGAUACAGUGAGGAAGGAAUGGUGUGUAUGCUAUAAUUUGUUUAUUUUUUAAUGACAAUAAAAUUCUCUCU